UUAAAAGUAUACUGAAGAAUUCAUUACAUUUCCUGACUAAAACUGUAGCUAUAAAUACAUGUUUAUUGAGUUAGUUUUAUUAUUUCAAUUGAUAGGAUGAAGAGGUUCCGUCUUCAAGUGAUGAAAACCCUGGACCUUCCAAGUGGAUGUUGGUCGAAGAAAAUGAAACUGCUGGCGAGGGACAGUCUUCAAGGGAGGAAAAUCCUGGACCUUCCAAACAGACGUCACUUCUGGGAGAUGAAGCUGAUUCUGAGGGGCCAUCUUCAAGCAAGGAACAUCCUGGACCUUCAGAACAGACUCCAGUUCUUGGAGAGGAAGAUGAGCAAGGUCCUUCGAAGGGAUCGCAGACAUCAGAAAGCAGAAAGAGGAAAAGCUCAGCCUUAGCAGAGGAUGAAGUGGUAAAACAAAGGCCAGUGAAAAAGACUGCUGGAGAAAUGGGAGAUGCAACUUCAGGGGCUGAAGAACAGAUCGUAGAUGUGAUCAUGGAUGAGCCAGCACAAGAUUCACAAGAUCAAGAAGACGAGGAUGACAUUGAUUUUGAGUACAUCAUGCCACAGGGCCAUACUUUGAGAAGCUUGCAAGAAAAGGCUGCUGCUACUUUUGAGAAGCUCCAAAAGGAACUCGACAAGAUAAAGGAAAGUGCAAAGAAAACUGUCGAAAUAUCAGAUGUACCUGAUGAACCUGAAGCACCCUUGUCUCCUUCAAGGAACGACGUGGACAGUGGUGCAUCAGUGGCCUUCCCUGCGCAAUCACUAGUGCCUCCAAACCUAACAGGAGGCCAAACGAUGGAUGAUGUCAUGGACAGAUUGGAAACCAUCACCAACAAAGAUGGAGAGCAACAGCUGGUGGUUAGACAGGAGGUGCUGCAGCCCCUGGCAACCCUUGUUCCUGAUCACAAGAAGAUUGGCAGGGAGCUGGGGAACAUGUUGUUCCUUGAUCAAGAGCGAUUGAAGUCAAAUUGUCGGGGAGUGAGAGGAAUGGACAGACUAGAUCCAAAACGAUUGAAUGCCAUGAAGAGAGCAGUGUUAAAGUUAUGCCCUGGGAAUAGCGAAGAGCAAGACCAGAGGUGGAAGGCCGUCAAAGAAGCUGUGGAUGCAUCCAGUCGUCACGUUAGAAGGAAGGCUAAAGACUAUUUGACUGUUGAAACAGGCAGGUUUGAACCUGGUGCUCCCCUGCCUCUGUCAAGGGAUAACGUAACCAACGAUGCACCACUGGCUUUCCAGUCAUCUACACUGGUGCCGCCAGCAUCCCAACCACUACCAACUCCCAUCUCCAUUUCAGUCUCUACUCUUGACACCAUGCCCCAAGCUUCAACUCCAACGCUGCCUCCUUGUUUGAGACAGAUGACAACUCCGAUGCCUCAUACUCAAACAGCACCUCAUGUACCCCUGACACUGCACUCGGAACAAACAAUACGCAUUGACGUACUCGAGAGGGAAGUGGCCAUUUUGAAGGAAGCCAUCCCCCUCCAAGAUGAGAAAUACCAACGAUUAAUGUCCAUAUACAUGAGAAACUACACAUACCUGACCAAAAGCCAAACGAUGGCUGACAUCAUGGACAAAUUGGAAACCAUCACCGAUGAAGACGGAGAGCAACAACUGGUGGUCAGACGGGAGGUGCUGCAUCACAUGACAGCCCUCGUUCCUGAUCAUAAGAAGAUUGGCAGGGAGCUGGCCAACGUUCUGUUCCUGGCUGAAGAGCGAUUGAAGUCAAAUUGUCGGGGAGUGAGGGGAAUGGACAGGCUAGAUCCAAAACGAUUGAGUGCCAUGAAGAGAGCAGUGUUACAGUUAUGCCCCGGGAACAGCGAAGAGCAAGACCAGAGGUGGAAGGAAGUCAUAGAAGCUGUGGAUGCAUACAGUCGUCACGUUAGAAAGAAGGCUAAAGACAACAUGACUGUUGAAUCGGGCAGGUUUGAACCUGGGGCUCCCCUGCCUCCGUCAAGGGAUAGUGUUACCAACGAUGAACCUAGUGCUCCCCUAGAAAGCAAUACCAAAGACAGUGAUUUUUCAGGGGCCUUCCAGUUAUCAUCAUUACUGCCUCCAGUAUCCCAGCCACAUCCCUACCCUGUCUCCAUCGCAGCGUCUACCUCAUUUUCAACAAUGGCUCCUUUGCCAACGCCAACACUUUCUCGGCUGUCUCCAACUCUGAUGACACCACUUAUUAUUCCCACAUUUCCCUCUGACCAACUGACACGGAUUUCAGCACUGGAAAAGGAUGUCGCCGGUCUGAAGCAGGCUGUGGCCCUCCAAAGUGGGAAAUAUCAACAUCUGCUCUCCUUAUAUGUGAGCUCUAACUCCAGCGGAACAAAAAGCGAAACCAUGGAAGACGUCAUGGACAAAUUGGAGACCAUCACCGAUGAAAAUGGAGUACAGCAGCUGGUGGUCAAACAGGAGGUGCUGCUGCCCCUGAGAGCCUUUGCUCCCGACCAUAAGAAGAUUGCCAGGGAACUAGGCCACAUGUUGUUCCUUGACGAGGAACGAAUGGCGUCCAAUUGUCGGGGGGUUAGAGGAUUGAGCAAACUACAUCCAGAGAGGUUGGGUGCUCUUAAAAGGGCGGUGCUUGAACUGUGCCCGGGGAACAGUCAGCACAGAGAUCAGAUGUGGAAGGAUAUCAAAGAGGCAGUGGAUUCAUACAGUCGUCAUGUCAGGAAAAGGAUCAAGGACAAAAUGACUUGAAAUAGCGAACCAAGACAAAGGUUAGGUAACAUCCCCUGGGUAAGCACCUGUCGGCUCCACCUACCUGUCCUGCCCCUGUCUGUCCUGGCCCUCCUAUCCUGCCCCUCCUAUGAAAAAAAAAUUGUGUAAAACUGACAAGUGAGUUUGUUUAAAUUGCAACAACCUAAAACAGCCUACAGAAAUUGCAGCAUUUAAUUAUUAAAUCCUUAGAUAUACAAGUUUCUUUACACAAGGUUAAGCAAUGAAUGUUUCUUUCCAAUUACGGAAGAUCAUAGACACAACAUCCAUGUGUAAUGAACAUUAUGUAUUGCCAUGAUAACAUCCAAUUUCAAUUUAUUUGAAAUGUAUUAAAGUUUGAUUAAAAGUAUCAGAAACCCAUAUUUUAUAGUGCAAUAAUCCAAGAGAAUUUUGAGGAAUUCCAUUUGGAAUUGAAGAAGCGACCCAGAUAGGUCGUGAACCUGUUCAGUAAGUUUAAGUUCAGUUGUCUUGUUUCAACAAUCAAAUUUACAAUGAAAAUCUCCAUCCAUCCAGUUCGUUUUUGUAUAAGGUCUUUAUUUUUCACUACAUCUCUAUAGACUUACAUUUUUUUAAUAUCACAAAGUGUUGACAUCUUCCAGCAUUUCUUUUUUGCCAUGAGUUUUUUUUUUUAUAUUCUCUCCAUGUUAUGAGAGAUAGCCUAUCACAUAGCUGUUGCAUGUGUGAUGGAUUUUAAAACCAAAUGAAACUUGAAGAGAGACAUGCAUGUAUUUAGUUCAGGUUCAUGCAUGCAUGAAGAUUUGUUUCAUAAUGUAAAUGUAUACAUGUAGAGUUUGCAAUCAAAGAAAAGCUGUGAACUGAAGUACUAUAUUUGACAAUUACAUGUAUUAGGCAAAAAUACCAAAAUU